UGGUCCUGGGCCUGGGCCGGACUCCAUUGGACCUGGUUAUAGACUAAAGAGUGGAGAGAGGUUUUCAAAAAAGCAGUUGUUUAUUCCAACGUCCAACAUUAACGGAAGCUCUCAACUCAAGUGAAGUUUGUCGUUUCGAUUUGUGAUCCUCUCUCGUUUCAGAAUGCUCGGAAUUCAAUUGAGUCAUCAAAUAUCCUCCGGUUUUGGUGCCUUAAUCGAUCAGGCAAUUUCAAAUCGUUCAAUCUCGAAUUCGCUGUGUUGUUCUUCAUUUCCAUCCUCAUUUAAAUUAGGUUUCAGAACCAGAAGAUCUCAUGGAGCAAAGCCCUUUAUCAUUUUCUGUAAGGCUGGAAAUUUUGGCGGGAAUUCGGAUAGUGAUGAAGAACGCAAUGAUGACUACCUCGAGGCGUUCCUUAUGGGAUCAGAAAUUAUCAAGCACCACCAGUUGCGUAAGCAAGGGUUUCUAGAAGAGACAGAAUGGCAAUCAUCUGGUCAGCUGCUUCCUUUUCCUAUUCAUGAAAAGGGGCCCAAAGCUGAUGUUAGUUCGAUUAGGCAUGGGUUUCUUCAUCGUUUUCAGAGUCCGACAAUUUUUCUUAAAAUUGCUUGCACUGGAGAAUGGUUUUUGCCGAUUAUUGUAGGAGAGUUUGCAAUUGAAAAACUUAUAGAUGCUUUCAGAGGGAAUGAAAAUGGGGAUUCACUAAACCACUACCAGAUUGUGAAAAACCUCGUUGGGAAACUUGGUUAUGAAGUAAAGAUGGUGCGGAUUACUGAAAGAGUUGUUAACACUUACUAUGCAAGGAUAUUUUUUGGCAAGCCAGGGGAAAAAGUUAUUCUUAGUGUGGAUGCACGUCCAUCAGAUGCCAUUAAUGUGGCAACGAGAUGCAAGAGGACACAGGAAGUUGGGAGGAGAUGUGAGUGGCAGAUUUUCAGUCCUGUCCUAUCACACAGCUCUGGCAUGUGAGAAGUGAGACCUAUGAAGACAACCAUAUAAGUAAAAUUUGUUAGAACCUAGACCUCCUAGAGUCUCUCUUUCUCUCUCUGUUGCUCUAGGGAAGGUUGUUAAUUGGAUAACUUGAACAGAAGAAGUUAUAGUUUCUCUCAUGUCUGUGUUCUAUGUAAAAAAGAAGAGAAUGUGGGACACUUGUUUGUUCAUUGUGACAAGCCAUCCGAUAUGUCAGGAUUUAUUUUAGCCUUAUUUGAAAUUUGAUGGAUUUGUCCUUUUGUACUUUGAUAAAAUUCUGCUUCCUGGCUCUCUUGCAUUU